AUGCAGCAUAUGAUGGCAGCACCUAAACCAGCUAAAAGUGAGAAUCAUGGUCUUGAAAAACUAAUGGGUUUAAAAAAUGAACCAGUAGAGCUGAACAUUUCUGCCCAUUUCAGCCUAGAAGAAACCAACACAUGUGUACUGAAAGCAGAGGAAAUCACUAUUUUCAAGAAGCAGCCCAGAGGAAGCAGAAUAUCUGAUGAAGAGCAACUGGCGCUUUCAACUGAACGUAAAUCUUCUGUUGAUCUCCCGUCCACGGACACGAACCCGAUGAGUUCAAGAGGCCAAAUGGCUUCAAAUAUUCCAGUGAAUUUAAAGUCCAAUCUGUGUUCUGAGUGCGGCAAGAGCUUUAAAAGCAAAUCAGCCCUGACAGACCAUCAGAAAUCCCACUCUAUCCAGCGGCCGUAUUCGUGCCCUACCUGUGGGAAGAAGUACGCUAGCAAGAAUGAGCUCAACCUACACCAACGUCUGCACACUGAUGAAAAGCUCUUCCAUUGUGCCUACUGCAAAAAGAAAUUUACAAGAAAAAGUGGCCUGAAGUGCCAUGAGAGGAGCCACAUGGGAGAAAAGCCUUUUUCCUGUUCUCAGUGCGGGAAGAGCUUCGGUCGGAGAAACACACUGAAAGUGCAUCUACAGCGGCAUGCAGGGAUAAAACCGCACCACUGUGGCCACUGCGGAAAGUCCUUCAUCACCUCAGCAUCUAUGAGGAUACACAGAGCGACUCACACAGGUGAAAAACCUUUUCCUUGCCCUCAGUGUGGCAAAGGAUUCGCUCAGAAGAGACAGCUGAGCGUUCACUUGCUCAACCACACCGGACAGAAACCUCAUACCUGCUCGGUGUGUGAAAAGAGUUUUGUGUACAAGCAGAGCUUCACGAUUCACAUGCUGUCCCAUCAGGACAAGCGUCCAUUCAAAUGUCCAGACUGUCAGAGUAGCUUCAGGAGAGCAGGCCACCUUGAGUCGCAUCUGAAGGUCCAUUCGGGCGACAAGCCACACAAAUGCGGGCACUGCGGCAAAGCUUUCAAGCACCCCAACUCUCUGAAGCAUCACGAGCGCACUCACACCGGUGAGAAGCCCUACGGCUGCGAACUUUGUGAGAAGCGCUUCAUAUCGUCCGGCGAGCUGCGCGUUCAUCGCAGAGUCCACUCCGACAAAAAAGACUACAAGUGUUCAGAAUGCGGGAAGAGUUUUCGAUACAAGCCCUCCCUGAAGGUCCACCAGAGGACCCACUCUCAGGAGAGGCCGUACCACUGUCGUGAGUGUGGUAAAUCCUUCGCCGCCUGCUCACACCUCCGCUGCCAUGAAGAAGUGCACAGAAACGAGCGGCGCCACCGCUGCACCGUGUGUGGACAGGGUUUUAACAACUCCACCACUUUAAGGUCCCACCAGAUGACCCAUUCCAACAGGACCCAGUUCCCCUGUAGUGUAUGCGGGAAGGUUUUCACCCGGAACGACACCUUUAAAAAGCACCAACAGAUCCAUACAGGCGCCAAAGUCUACAAGUGCCCGGAGUGUGGAAAGAGCCUGAGUUCGUCCAGUAAUUUACAGCGGCACGUACAGAGUCACACAGCGAAGACGAUGUACCACUGUGGUGAGUGUGAGAAAAGCUUCAGCAGUCAGGCGUACCUACGGAAGCACCAGCGGUCAUCACAUACAGCUGAGACACCGUACGCUUGUACAUCCGGACAGUGA